AUGGUUAAUCCUAAAACUUUCAGGUUACAAAUCUAUGGACAAUUCCAUUUGAGUGGAGGUAUUCUAUGCAUAAUAUCAUAGUUCCAAGAAUAUAUUGAGUGUCUUCCUUGUUUAAUAAACCCAUCUAUUUAAUUGCAUCACCUAGAUUAAUUCCUGUAUAAUUUAGAAAAGAAAGNUACAAUGGAGUUUAGAAAUUGGGAAGAGGAUUCUCCCUUAUUGAAUUGAAAGAAGCAGGACUUAAUGCAUAAUUCGCCAGAACAGUUGGUAUUGCCGUCGAUCACAGAAGAAGAAACAACAGUUAAGAAGAAUUGGCAGCUAAUGUUAAAAGAAUCAAGGCAUAUUUGUCAAAAUUAGUCUUAUUCCCAAGAGUUGCUGGUAAACCAAAGAAUGGAGUUGUCAAAGACUCUGCCAACGAAGUUGUUGCUCAACCAGUCACAUAAAAUACUAAUCCAGAAGUAAAAUUGACUUUGAUAACAAAUAGGUCAUCACUUUCUAAAGAACACCAAAGAGAGAGAAGGCUACUGUGAUUUCGAAGGAAUUAAGAGCUAAAAACGUUUACAGAAGAUUAAGAUAAGAAUGGUACAAUGCUAAAUUUGUGGGAGUUAAAGAGAAAAGAAAGUAAGCCAAAGAAACCAAGAAAUGAGUCAAUAUAAUAUAGUGUAC